CCUGUGACUGUGCACAUCGGUCAGAUAUGUAGAGUGUUGGUUGGGGGUGCACUGAGCUCUGCAUGGGAGGAAUGACAGACUGGCUCUUAAAAAUAAAGCCCCCCACGCAGCUGCACACUCCCGGCCGAGUGCCUGCUCGCUUGCCAGCGUUGGCAGAUAAAUGUGUAAGGUGGACCGUGAAAGACGCCGAGGGGAUUCGUUUGUACGUUUAGACACGGUUUGGAAAGAAAACCGGUCCAAGGAGGUGAACGGGUUUUUCGGGGAUUCGCGCUGACGUCGAAGGCUAGCCUCGCUCCAGCUGCUGCUAUGGAUAAAGCUAAGUCACUGCUGGACAAGAAGGGGGCGUCGGGACCUCUCCGUGUCAACAACUGCCCGAGCUUGAGGAGCUACAACGGGCACGUUUACGGUUGCGGCGGCCACGGCAGCACGCUCGUCUCUCCCGGCUCAACCAGUGCUGGCCAGUCGGAGAACAACCACCACACGAACCGAGGGGAGGAUAUUGAGUGCAACGGCUCGCCGGCCAAGAAAAGCAGGCUGCGGAGGAGGACAGAGUCGAUGAAGCGGCACAGACCCCCGUUCCCGUGGUUUGGGAUGGACAUCGGCGGCACGCUGGUCAAGCUAGUCUAUUUCGAGCCGGUGGACAUCACAGCAGAAGAAGAGCAGGAAGAAGUAGAGAACCUCAAGUCCAUUCGGAAAUACCUCACCUCAAAUGUGGCCUAUGGAAAAACAGGGGUGCGCGACGUCCACCUGGAGUUACGCAACCUGACCAUGUGCGGCCGCACCGGCAACCUGCACUUCAUCCGCUUCCCUACGCAGGCCAUGCCUCGCUUCAUCCAGAUGGGACGUGACAAGAACUUCUCCAGCCUGCACACCACGCUGUGUGCCACCGGUGGCGGCGCUUAUAAGUUUGAGGACGAGUUCCGAGCCAUGGCCAAUCUGGAGCUGCUGAAGCUGGACGAGCUGGACUGCCUGAUUCGCGGCCUGCUCUUUGUGGAUCGGGUGGGCUUCAAUGGCCACCCCGAGUGCUACUACUUCCAUGACCCGUCGGACACGCAGAAAUGCUUCAAGCAGCCGUGCAGGCUGGAUAACCCUUUCCCCAUGCUGCUGGUAAACAUCGGCUCCGGCGUCUCCAUCCUGGCUGUCUACUCCGAGGACGACUACAAGCGCGUUACUGGAACCAGCCUGGGAGGUGGUACAUUCCUCGGCCUUUGUUGCCUUCUGACGGGCUGCGAGACUUUCGAGGAAGCUCUGGAGAUGGCGAGCAAGGGCGACUCUACCAACGUGGACAAGCUGGUCAAGGAUAUCUACGGCGGCGACUACGAGCGCUUCGGCCUGCAGGGUUCGGCCGUGGCGUCCAGUUACGGUCACAUGAUGAGCAAAGAGAAGCGCGACAGCAUCAGCAAGGAGGACCUGGCGCGAGCCACGCUAGUCACCAUCACCAAUAACAUCGGCUCCAUCGCGCGCAUGUGCGCCGUCAAUGAGAAAAUCGAGCGCGUGGUUUUUGUGGGCAACUUCCUGCGCAUCAACACCGUGUCCACCAAACUGCUAGCCUACGCCAUGGACUUCUGGUCCAAAGGACAGUUGCGAGCACUCUUCUUGGAGCACGAGGGUUACUUUGGAGCCGUGGGCGCGCUGAUGGAGCUUCUCAAAACCACUGAGGACCCCUGAGUACCCGUGCGCUCGUCGAUGCCGUGAUGUCAUCAACUCUGGAGACGCCGCGAACGCCACAGCAGCUGCUAUAGGAAUCACUGCAAGACGUCAGGAAGCUGCGGAACAGUCGCCGGGGAAUCACGUGUACAUAAGUUGUAAUGUUGUCGUCGCUCAUUUAGGUUCAAACUGUAGUACUGCCAUCAACUGGAAUGGAAUGGGAACAAAACUAGUAGAAGUAGAAUCCUGCCAAAGUAAAACGUAAAACAUGGCCUUCACACUCGACACCAAACUGCUAAAAAUGAAUCAUGUCCAAUUUCCUUCUUUUCGCCUUUUCUCAGUCAUCUUUGUGCCAUUUUGUGGGUUUUAGCCGUUUCUCCCAACCAAUUUUAUUGACAACUUAAGGCUCGCUCACAGGUGGUGGAAUGUCUCAAAGGUUUCCCACUUGUUAACCAUCAGCCAGAACGGACGAUAAAAAAAUGUUUUCCCACCACCACUUUUAACGUGUUUUUGUUGCCUCCGACCUGACCUCUGUAUCGCCUUCAACAUUUUUUGUUUGCAUCAAUGCCUUGUUUGUAACCUUUUUCACCUCAAUGUCUUCUUUUCCUGUUAACUGUUAGCAUCAGAUCCGUAACAAAUCAUCCGGACAGAUGGUGGCCAUUGCUUUCAACGCAACAGGGCAUUAGAAGUGACUGUGCGCUUUUCUGUAGUCAUUUAACCUUUACACACAAUCGCCACCUGCGGCAGGCAGGCAGAUGCUGCCGGACAGUGACCAAGCAUUACCUUUUUAAGCAGUUCCGCCUUUGUUCCGGCUCUGAUACUACCUCUGAAGGCCAAUAGACACCCCCCCCCCCCCCACUCCAGGUCAGCGCUGUAGCCUUCUUGUCCUGUGGCGGUACGAAAAUCCGAAAAAGAACAAAAGAUACUGUACAUACAACUGGAUUCUUUUAUUUAAUGGUUGUUGUUAUUAAUAUAUAUUUUUUUUUUCACAUGUUGGUUUAUGAGUUCCGACACUACGGAUUAUUUAUGUCAAAGGGGUUUUCCUGGCCCAAAUUUUACCCGAGGUGUUACCGUUCUGAUCAUUGCUGUGAGUUUUUACAUGUUUUUUUGUCCUUCAAUGUUUUUCCUUCAAACAUGUCACCUGCCUUGAAAAAUAUGUUUGAUCUAUUUUAUGCGAAA